GAAGUGGCACAAAAUAAAAACCAGCUGGCGAUUGUCACCCAGUCGCCACGGCGAUACCCAUAUAAAUUCCGAAUUUCACCUCUUCUGAUCCCAAAAUUAUGGAGGAAUCAAAGAGCAGUGAACCAUCUCGCUGUCCGUGUGGCUUUUGGGGGUCACCCAGUACACUUGGACUUUGCUCUACAUGCUACAAAGCACAUCAAGAAAAAACCCAAGAUGCAUUGAAAAGUACUCCAGACCACAUGCUUAGGAAACAAGAUUCUGGGCGACAGCUGAUGUCUAGGUCACAUGACUUGGAGAGCACCAAUAACACUCCACAACCUAGCUCAUCCAAAGAUAGUUCUGUGCACACCGCUGAGAACCUCUCAGAAAAACUACAGGAACAUAUGAAACAUAUACCUGUGACAGAAACCGUUUGUAUAGACACUAGCAGUGAGUUACAGACAACUUGUCUUACCACCAAUAAAAACUUUAACAAUAGUGAGGAGAACAAUGCAAAUCAGAAUGGAAAGUUUAGUAAAACAGAUACAGCGCAAGGAGCGUCGGAUGGCGGGUCAAAUGACGAGGCCAGGGGCAUUAAAAGACCUUUAGAACCUGAUUCAACUCCAGAAUCUACCCCAGAAAAAGGAAAACAAAAAAAUAGAAAGCGCUGCUUCCAAUGUAAUGCAAAGCUGGAGUUAGCUCAACGACAGAUUGGAAGAUGUCGAUGUGAAUUGAUCUUCUGUUCAUUACAUAGACUGCCCGAGCUCCAUAACUGUGAGUUUGAUCACAAAGAGGACGGUCGACUUCAGGCUCGCCAAAAAAUGGUCAAACCCACCAGGCAUUUAGGAAAUGAAUUUAGACGCCUCGAGUCAGAUUCUUGAAGAAUAGCCAGCCAUAAACUUUCAUUUACAUCAACAUUUAUUUUGUCUCUUGCAAACUGCCACUGUUUGAAUGAAGCAUCAAUUUCCACUUGCUGAAUGCAUUUCUAUAUAACUAUAAACUUAAAGAUUUACAUCAAUUUCUCAGUUAAUGAUUUAUAAAUAGAAUCCUGCUUUAUUUAGAUGUCAUGUCAGUUUUCCUCCCUGUGAAUAUUUCUGAUGUCCAAGCAAUACUAAAUGAUCACAUCCAGUUGGAGUGUACAUGUGAGUACCGUAAAUUACAACAAUCCUCAUUUAAUGGCCAAACAUUUUUUAUGAAUUUUUCUCUACAUAUUUUUGGACAUCAAAUCUGUUGUCCGUGGUUGAAAAAAAAACUUUGUAUUUAAAAUUAUAUUCAUGUACAGGUUCAUGCACCAUGUGCAUUAAUUCAUAACCUUCAUUGACCAUUUAUGUCACAAAAUGAAAACGCACACAUAUCAUCAUAUGGAAGAUUAUUUCCAGGGUGCUUUUUAUUGUAAUAUUUAUUUCUCAUUGUUUUUUAUGCUUCUGAUUUGCAUAGAAACAACUAUAUUGUAGUCUUAAGUUUUGUAAUAAUAUUCCUGAGAGUGCUGCUACAUGAGGUUAUUUUCUGAUGUACAUAUGUGAUUUUGGUUUACAAUAAUCAAUGUGUGAUAAAUAAACAUACAUGAAUA